CAUCGCGCCAGUCACUACGCUGUCCACGUCCACCCGUCAAGCUUCGACUCUUUGUGAACCACAGCCUGGCCUGCGCCCAACUGCCAACUCCGCCUUUCACAUCAGCGUUCUUCUUGUGCCUGAAACAUCAACACUGUCGACUCAUUUGACUGAUUACUUCCUGCAUCUGACCAGCUAGACACAGGAUUGACCUGUCAUCUUCAUCUGUGUCUCUGUCGGCCUUCUGCUUCCCACAGGACCCCAAUGUUCAUCCAGUAUGACUGUAUUGCUCCCAGCCUCUCCAAGCCAAAUGUCCUGAUCAAGACAACUUGAUCUACCUCCAUCGAUCUUCAUCCCUCGCUCUCCUCAACCCCAAUUCAUCAAGUUUUCAGGUCUCCCUGAUUAUGCUUUGCGGCUCCUGCCUACCCUCAAGUCAGCUUGAAGCACCGUGAACCCAUCGGUUGGGUCCUCAAAACAACCACAUUCCUGUCAUUUUGGGGGGACAAUCCCACCCUUCCACCAUAUCCUCUAUCCCACCGAUCUCACCAGCACGAUCGCCAUCCCUUCCAUCAUGGCUACCGCGACCUCGCAACAAUCCCCCCAGGUUGUCCGCAGUCAUUCUUCCUCCCGCAACCCUCCGUCCACAUACGUCGCUCCCUCUCCAUCCCAGCCUUCCAGGACUCGGUCAACCACUUCCAGGCCAUCUCAUUACCACCAUCGCUCCCACUCUCGCACAUACGACACGCCUCCCCAAGCAAGUCCAAAUGCCCUGGCUGGUGUCGCCCGAAGGGAUUAUGAGCAGUCCAAUAUGGCACGGCAGCCCUCCACGUCCCGGCGAAGUUCAAGAGAUGGUCGAUCUGAUCACAAUGGAGACACCCGUCCUUCUUCCCGCCCUGCGUCUAGACGAAGCAGCCAGGAUGUUGUCGCCGUAUCCAAUACUGCCAACGGAACAUCUGCGCUACCUCCCCCUCCUUCACGUCCAGAAUCUGAUAGACACCCUGGCCCAUCACAACCGUACCCCACCGUGGGUAGGAGACGCACCUCAAUCACUGCCCAGACUGGCACGUGGUCUCUGGGAAAGACCAUCGGCCAAGGAAGCAUGGGAAAGGUCAAACUCGCCAGAAACAUUGAGACAGGAGAACAGGCCGCCAUCAAGAUUGUGCCGAGACAGUCUGCUGACGAGCAUGGGAAUCCCAGGGAUGAAAGGGCUGACCGUUCCAAAGAAAUCCGAACUGCUAGAGAAGCUGCAAUGGUCUCUUUGUUAUCACACCCUUACAUAUGUGGAAUGAUCGACGUUCAACGAACAAACUACCAUUGGUACAUGCUGUUUGAAUACGUCAACGGAGGACAAAUGCUCGACUAUAUCAUCGCUCAUGGGAGGCUGAAAGACAAACAAGCAAGAAAGUUUGCCCGUCAGAUCGCCAGUGCGUUGGAUUAUUGUCACAGAAACAGCAUUGUCCACCGAGACCUCAAGAUCGAGAACAUCUUAAUCAGCAAGACUGGCGACAUCAAAAUCAUUGAUUUUGGCUUGAGCAAUCUCUACUCUCCCCGAAGUCUCCUCAAGACAUUCUGCGGGAGCUUAUAUUUCGCCGCUCCGGAGCUCUUGCAGGCCCGCCAAUACACCGGCCCCGAGGUUGACGUUUGGAGUUUUGGCAUUGUGUUGUACGUCCUGGUGUGUGGCAAAGUUCCCUUUGAUGACCAGAGCAUGCCUCAACUUCACGCCAAAAUCAAACGAGGCGUGGUAGAUUAUCCCCAGUGGCUUACUGCCGAAUGCAAAAACAUCAUAUCUCGCAUGCUCGUCGUGGACCCACGAGAACGCGCCACUUUACAGGAGAUCAUGAACCAUCCAUGGAUGACCAAGGGCUUCAACUCUGCUCCUGACAAUUGCCUCGCCCACCGCGAGCCACUCACUCUACCUCUCGAUAGCGAGGUGAUUGACAAGAUGCAGGGCUUUGAGUUUGGUUCCGCGGCCUAUAUAACGGAUCAACUCACCAGGAUCAUCGAAUCUGAUGACUAUCAAAACGCGGUACGACGCAAUUUAAGAGAGGAAUUCUCUCACCCUUCAAGUAUCUCGGAGAAGAAACGUGGUGUGUUCGAUUUCUACAAGCGCCGCAAUUCGAUCAGCCGGGAAGGCUUGACUACCCCUUCAAGUGAAGCGAUCCGAGGCCAGGACCCACUCAAUGCAUACAGCCCAUUGGUCUCCGUUUACUAUCUAGCACGAGAGAAACGUGACCGAGAAAGGAGGGCACAUAAUCCAGGUGCUUUGGGCCUCCCUGAUGUUUCUGGCGAUCAGGUUAUCAAGUUGCCCGGCCUGCCAUCACCUGAAGCUGCCCACACGAACACCUUUGCUCCAGAGAUGCCCGGAGAGAAGGCCACCGGCGGUCGAGCUAGGCCUAGGGCCCGCACGAACGGAGAAGAUGAGGACGUUCUGCAGGGACUCAAGUCUGUCGAACUUAGUGACAGAAAAUCAGGCCAAGCUUCGAACACGCUUUCUUCUCCUCACGGAGAUCAGCCUCCGAAGAGGGAAGGGACGGCUUUGGGAUUACUGCGAAGGUUCAGCACAAGACGAUAUAAGGAUCGGGAGUCAGACCGACCUGCUCCCCCAGCCCUCAAUAUUCAGCCACCGCAAGAUUCGGCGACCGCGCCUCGUAAAUCAUUCUCGGUUCGCCGCUCGCGCAGACGAGACCCCAGUCCAUCGACCCAUCAUCAAGGGGGCAGUCAGCCGCAGCAUGAGGGACUUCUCAGCGCUAGCGGAGGGCUCACGAAAGCAGGCAAGUUUCUUGGAAGGUCUACCAGUGUCAAUUCUGCCGAUUACAGACCACGUCGAGUUCACAGCACUGGCGUGUCAGGUAACGAAUCUCCACUCCUGGCUGCUGAACCUCCACCAACAAGCGGAUCGGAUCAGUCGAGUGUCCACGCUACCAGAGCCGGUAAAGGUGUUGAACUUGUCGACCUGCCUGAUUCCAGCGGCGGUCCAUUGACAACGCCACGCACGCCACAUGCCGCACGUACCAGAUCCUUAGGCCACGCAAGACAGGAAAGUAUCCAAGCCAGACGGCGUCGACACGAGGAACGACGUGACCGAGAAGCCAACCUUCCCGAGGAAACCGAUGCAGACCUGCGGCAUGAUGUGGAUAACCGGGAUACUCCAGCGCUUCCUGACACUCCGAGUAUCGGCAUCGCUAAGCCAGCUGGUCUGAAGGGCUUGUUCUCGACGUCAACGACGAGCAGCAAGCCUCCAGAAUUUAUUCGACAAGACAUUAUUCGUGUGUUGAACCAGCUAGGGGUGCAGUAUUCCGUAAUCAAGGGAGGGUUUUCCUGUCGACAUGCUCCAAGUAUCAAUCUGGAAGGGGUACGAGAACCUGCCGAUGAAGAGAAGAGUGGGCGCGUGACUUCGGGUCAUCAACGACGAAUUUCAUUUGGUGGGGCGUUCCGUGGCCGGGACAAGGAAGACAUCAGAGACGAUCGUGAGCGGCUAACGAAGCAUCACACCAGACGGCGACACCCAGAUCAGAGCUUUGUUACCAACUCUGAAGGGUCCGAGGACUAUCUCCCCCAUGGCCGCACGGCGGACCAGCCACACGACGGAGCUGCCACGAGGACGAAAGUACAAGAUGAUACAGGGGAACGACUCGUACUCAAGUUUGAGAUUGCAAUUGUCAAGAUUCCUCUACUUUCACUACACGGCAUCCAGUUCAAAAAGGUCCAAGGCGGGAUGAACCAGUAUCGCUCCAUGACUUCGGCGAUUUUGAAUUCGUUGAGGUUGUGAUGAUGUCUACGUGGAUCUGACAUCAUGUUUUCCGCCCACAACGACAACGUUGUCUACCUUCCGGGACUUGCCAACUGUCUCGUUGUAAGGCGUAAGGCGUCAUGUGGUGGUGAGGACCAUUCUUGCCUUCUCGAGCAUUGUCGAUGCUGGCGUCGAGUUGACUGCCUCCGACUUGUCAAGAUGUUGAUUCGUUGCAGCAAGCCAUUUGGCCGUUUCGGAUGGGUGUGUUUGGGCUCGCACUUUGAGCAAUUUCAUAUGCUCGUCGGCAAGACUGUCAGACGAGGCUAAGUUCUAAUGUACUGGCGGAAUGCAAGGUACGAUUACAAUGACACACUUGCAAUAAGAGCUCAAUUUGUAUUUUCCUUCUUUCAGUGGCCCAACAUUGUGCUGUAUGUGAUGAGCUGUGGAGUCAGCGAAAUGCGAAGCAAUCCGACUCAGCAGCCUGCCAGGGUAUGUGGGCAGUACUGCUGUAUGGAUAUCCGUAGGUACCUACCGGUGCAGACUCAGGUCCGGCCAAUGGCGAUGAUUUGGCAAACUGGGGGUUUAUUGAUAGAUGGGAGAGAUUCAGUUGACGUCCAUAGGGCACAUGGAGGGUCAAGGCAACCAGUUCAGGGCUGGUAUGGACAAACAUGAUGGGUAUGAUGUGGCGUUGUUAUCCCUCUUUACUUCUCAGUCGGUCAAGAUGAGCACUGGUCUAUUGUGCCUAAUUCUCAUGUGGGUGUGUGCUUGUUGUGGGCAGAGCGAUG